AUGAAAGAAACAACUCCAAUCACAAAGAUUUAUGAAGAAGAAGUUGUUGCAUCUCAAAUGCGACCACAAACAUUAGCAAUUAUACCAUUAGCACGAGAACUACAACCCGGUUUAACAUAUGCUAGAAGAAAAAUGACACCAAUUUUACCUGAUUCAUGUAUUUUUUAUAUUCCUGAAUCUUAUCGCACAACUUUACCUGACUUAUUUUUCAUUGCAGGUUUUCCAUGUGCAUUCUGCAUAUUACCUAAUCGGAAGAAAUAUACUUAUCUUGAAAUGUUUAAGGAAUUAAAAAAUUUGGCUACACAAUUAAAUAGAACAUUUGAACCUGCUCGUAUUUUAACUGAUUAUGAACCUAGUAUCAUUCGAGCAAUAUCAGCCGAAUUUCCCAAUACAACUCAUAGUGGAUGCUAUUUUCAUCUGACUCAAGCUAUUUAUAGACGUGUACAAAAUCUCGGUUUAGCUAAAAACUAUAUCGAAGAUAUUGAUAUUCGUACAUGUGUUCGAAAGCUAAUGGCUUUGGCACUAUUACCAUUGGACAAAGUCCAAUUUGCAUUUGAUGAUUUACGUACAAACUUAUCACAAAAUACUACACAAACUUUAUAUCAAUUACUUUUGUAUUUCGACAACCAAUGGAUCAAAAAUACUCUAUUAGCACUUUGGAAUGUUCAUGGAUAUAGUCAUCGUACAAAUAACAUAUGCGAAGGUUUUCAUAAUCGUCUGAAUCAACGUCUUCAACGAUCACAUCCAAAUAUUUGGUCUUUUAUCAAAUGUUUACAAAGUGAAGAAGCAAAAUUUCGACAUACGUUAUUACAAAUCAAUGCCGGUGCUCAAGGUCGCUCAAAGACUGCAGCAACAACUGCAAUACAACAACGUAUUAAUACUUUAAAUGAAUGCUAUACCAAUAAUGAAAUUGAUCUUAAUGCAUUAUUAGAUGGCUUAUCGUUAACUGUAGCAAAACAAAGUAAAUAA